UUAACACGUGACUAAUCCCUGCCUCACGUGACUAAUACUGUGAGCAGCAGAUCCAGUCAUGGCCGACGACUACAGGCGACAGGGGUUCGAGUUGGAGAGACGGAUAUUUGAGUUAGAUAUCAAGUGUUCCACCCUCAAAGCAGAAAAACAAGAUGAUGACUACCUUCAAAAUGCUUCCACCAUUCUCGACAAACUGAAAAGUUACUAUAGACAGGGAGGAGAUGGUAACAACCUGUCCAAGAUUCUUCAGGACUACACCCAGGUGGUCCUCGACAUCACAUUUUAUGAAGAGAAUAAACUGGUAGACCAGGAGUUCCCCGAGGACUGCUCACCUUUUAAAAUCCAGCAGCUACUCCAAGACCUGACAGAGCCUGAAGUUUUGGCUGGGAGGCUCGCACCUGCACAAGAGGUGCAGUCCAUGUUGGGCCUUGAGCUGUUAGAAUGCCUUUAUUGGAGACGUGGCGCUCUUCUCUACAUGUACUGCCACACCCUGCAUCAACGGAAGCAGUGGAUUAAGAAAAAUAAAGAUACGUUUCUUAAGUGUAUCCAGGAAGGUGUGCGCUACCUAAUGCGAAUGCUGCAGGUGAGGAAUUCAGUGAAGCUCAACGACGGCGUGGUGCUACAUGAUACUGCCACAGCAAACUUCCUUUCUGAAGGCAUCUUCUCAGACACGCACCUCCUAACAAUGAUGUACAUUGGGGAAAUGUGCUUUUGGGCUGUGAAGUAUGAAGACUGCAGUGCUGAGAAUAUGGAUCAUAAAGAAGACCGCCUCCAUUUUCGGGACAUUGGGACACAAAUCCUAAACAAAUAUGUGUUGGCUUGUGAGGGUCCUCUGCAUGGCCAGGGCUGGAACACAGAGAACGCCAAGGAAAUCCUGAGUAUCUUACAGUGAGCCAAACUGAAUCUGUGUUGCCCUCCAAGCACAGAUGUACGAUCAGUAUUCAGCGUGGCAACCUUACAUUCAUAAAAGCAAGUUUUGGAACGUUGUUGUCGGACGAGAUGAGUGAAGAAUGUUGGGUGCCAUCAGGCGACCUCAUCUCAUGCCAAACCACCCUAUCCGAAUAUGGUGAAAUUGUAGAAGUGACAGGGCGAGCUGAGGAUGCUGUCUUUUUCCUUUUUAUCACCCUGUUCUGCUGAAAAAGCAGUAACCUUGAUUCCAGACUGUUGGCUGGGGCACUUGUUUAACGCUAAGAAUGUGUUAUAAUAACAUUGAUAUUAAUAUAAAAUAAUAAUUAACAAAAAAAGUAUUUUUUUUUCCAUAAGAUUAGUUGAAAGUAAUCCGGCUGGAUAUGAAGCGUUGCACAGCUACAUUUUAUUUAUUGCUUUGUUGCCAUAUUGUUUAUGCUUUAAAUAUAUGAUCAUCUUGCAUACGCAUCAUUUCAAGUGGCACUAAAAACAAAAGGUUCACAUCCGAAAUGUACUUCAUGUUCAGGUAUCGACAGCACUCACAUGUACUCCCACCUAUUGCAAGCUCCAUUUUCUUUUUGCCACUUUUAUUACUUUAUGAUGACUGAUUAAAGAAGUCGACCUGUUUUUUAAUGUCAUUGUUGACAAUAAACACCUGCGUUGUUUUAUGAAA